AUGGCGCUCCCUUUUCAAAAAGAGUUGGAGAAAUAUAAGAACAUUGAUGAAGAUGAGCUUCUUGGAAAACUCUCAGAAGAGGAAUUGAAACACUUGGAAAAUGUUCUGGAUGACCUAGAUCCUCAGAGUGCCCUGCUGCCAGCCGGAUUCCGACAGAAAGACCAGACCCAGAAAGCAGCCACCGGCCCCUUUGACCGCGAGCACCUCCUCAUGUACCUGGAGAAGGAGGCUUUGGAACAGAAAGACAGGGAAGACUUUGUGCCUUUCACCGGAGAAAAGAAAGGGAGAGUCUUUAUCCCCAAAGAAAAGCCUGUAGAAACGCGUAAAGAAGAAAAAGUGACUCUUGAUCCAGAACUGGAAGAAGCUUUGGCCAGUGCUUCCGACACUGAACUCUACGAUCUUGCAGCUGUUCUUGGAGUACACAAUAUGCUCAAUAACCCGAAGUUUGAUGAAGAAACACCCAACAGUAAAGAUGGCAAAGGGCCUGUGCGAAAUGUGGUCAAAGGUGAAAAGGUCAAGCCUGUAUUUGAGGAACCACCCAACCCCACGAAUGUGGAAGUAAGUCUGCAGCAGAUGAAAGCUAACGAUCCCAGCCUCCAAGAAGUCAACCUCAACAACAUUAAGAACAUUCCAAUCCCAACCCUGAAAGAAUUUGCAAAGGCUCUGGAGACCAACACCCAUGUCAAGAAGUUCAGCCUGGCUGCCACCCGCAGCAAUGACCCUGUGGCAAUUGCUUUUGCAGAUAUGCUGAAAGUGAACAAGACCUUGAAAAGUCUAAACAUAGAAUCCAAUUUUAUAACUGGAGCUGGGAUCCUGGCCCUGGUAGAGGCGCUGAGAGAAAAUGACACCUUGACAGAAAUCAAGAUCGACAACCAGAGACAGCAGUUGGGAACAGCCGUAGAGAUGGAAAUUGCCCAGAUGCUCGAGGAGAAUUCAAGGAUCCUCAAAUUUGGAUAUCAGUUUACCAAGCAAGGGCCACGAACGAGAGUGGCCGCUGCCAUCACAAAGAAUAAUGACCUGGUUCGUAAAAAGCGAGUUGAAGGAGAACGAAAGUAA